UUUUGGGGUUCAUGUCCUGGUUAACUUGUUUAAUCGGUAUGAUUUCUUUGGUUAACCAGCUUAGCUGAGGAGCACAGCUUUUUAGUUAACCAGCUGUGCAUUACAGGUGCAUAAGUUGGAACAUAAUAAGCAGCAUAAACCAGCAUGAGGAUUUACUGGAUGCUGUUUUUUUCAGCCACCUCACCUGAAAUAUUUAAUCUGUUUACACAUCCGUGUUAAAAACACAACGCAAAUGCCCUCCCUCAUACUGUCGUGCUGUUUUUUCCGGAUAUUUCAUAACAGAGUGAAAACAGGUGUCAGGUGCUUUCGGUUGCAUUUGUAACUGAAGAAAGGAAUGUAAGUGGCUACAUUAUGUUUGGUGUGGCCGUGUCUGUUGUGUUUUUAUUACUGAAUGUGCUCUUUAUUUGUUUGUUUUUUGUGUUGCCACGAAACAAAAGUGACUGGAACAGGAAAAAGGCUAAAAAUUAAUGUGAUGAUAGACGCAAAUUUGCUCUAAUAUCACUGCGAUUGACCGAGGUGUUGAAUUGUCAUGACAAGCAAUGUGUGCCAAAGUUCACGAAAACCCAGCCGAAGUAUUUGUACUGUAAAAUCAUGCUACGAAAUGUAAAGAACCUUCAUUGAAAAUAUAAUCUUGAUUUCUUUAAUAUUAACCGAGUACGGUCAAGUCAAAGUUUGAAAUAAAUGUAAAAAUCAGUGACUGAAUUAAAAAUAUGAAUUUCACAGACAGGGUCACAUGCAUUUUAAAGCAUGCAUUGUAAAAAUAAAAAGAUCUGUCCUUUGUUUUUAUGAGCGUCUGUGAAACAUCAUCUUGCAUUGUCUCCCAGACGUCUCGCUAUCUGUCUGCAUAUGAUAUGCCCUUCAGACUAAUUCAAAAUCUAGUACAGAAUAACAAUUUCUGCAACUCGGAUGAAAACCUGCACUCCUGCAACUGCGCAUUGUGAACGUCAGAACAAAAGCUUCCCAGAAAGCAUCACAAAAAACAUAUUGAGUUUGCAUACGCAAGCACACAUAAAAACACUUGUGGCUGAUAAAAUUAGGACCGCUUUGGAAUGUACCACAAAAGAUGCAAGCACGAGUCCAGGUUACGGUCUCUUAGCAACAGACGGGCAUUCACCUCCACUGUGCUGGUUGCCAGGAGUGACGAUGUUUCUUAGAGCUCAAAGGAGAGUCAUCAGCUAACAAGACAUUUAUGUGCUGUAAACACAUCAUAAAUCUGUUUCAGCCAAAUGGGUCCUUGGUAGUGACGACAGCUGUUUGGAAAUUAGACUUCCACGCGAUGCACACUCCUGUGUCCAUGCUGAUGGGGGUCGUGUUCGCUCCCUUGGGCCUUGUGCUGGUAUUCACCGCAGCCAUCACGCCACAGUGGAGGGAGGGGCAAGCGCGGCUGGGUGCCCCAGGGCGCGCCGGAGCCACGGAGCUCCUCCUACUUCGUUCGGAUGGAUUAUGGGAAAGCUGCCUGCAGGUGGUGCACUCCGAGCUUAAAGAAUGCUGGCCCGUGUCGGGAUCCUACCAACGGGAUGCCAGGGUUCGAAUGGUGCAGGGAUUGGUGCUGUCAUCGCUCUUUUUGUGCGGUGCGGGAAUCGUACUCGCUUGUGUGGGAGUUCGAUGCUGGACUGAUAUUCCUCUCAGGAGUGUAGCGGCAGCUGGUGGCCUGUUGGUGGCGAUGGCAGGCGUGCUCAGUCUGGCUGCUUUAGGGGUGUACACGUGCCAUCUGGCAAAGCUGGGGAUCGAGGUGGAUUCAACCGUAACUGACACCCAGGGACUGAACAUACAUAAGCCACCGCGACUAACGUUACACCCUGCCGGAUCGCUUUAUUUUGGGUGGGUGGGUGCUUGGGUACAGGUGAUGGGAGGGGCGGCUUUGCUGUUCGGGUUUAAGAGCAUGCGGUGCCCAACCUGUCCCAAACAGAGACUCAAAGAGAGUGCCGAGAUGUAUGAGGUGAACUGUUAAGAAAUAUUUGCAUCAGAUGAGCGAAAUAAUAGGUUCUGUACAAUGAGAAGAACAGCGUAUUGCUCUUGCGCUCGAUGCAACGUUGCAUUGCAGUUAGUGCAAAAAACACUGUUCUGGGUUAAAUACCAACGUGAUUUCAAAAAUAAUACGUAUUUUAAGUAUUCGGCUAAUUUGUAUGAAUUUUGUACGAAGCGAAUUGUACAAAAAUGUUCGAUUUAAAAAAAAAUAAUGAUACCCUGCACCUAAACCAAACGUCACAGGUUUUGAAAGCCAAUCGUACAAAAACAUACGAUUUUUGUUGAUCGAAUCUAUACGAUUUAGCCACCUGGUAAAAUACGUACGAAUUGCCAUUGUGUUGUAAAUACAAACUACCGUAUAUUAACAGCGUCUUUGGUUUGCUGAGACACAUUCAACUUGUUGCAUAUAAAAAUCAAAGCAGAUGUCUUUGGGGCAUUAUUAUAAAUGUGUAAUUGUCAAUGCAUUUUUGUGUGUUUUCAUGCAGAAAGUGGUAAUUUUUAGUAGCCACAGUCGUGUAGCAAGAUGUGUGCAAAGAUGAAACAUCUGAAACUUUACAUAAAGUACUGAAUCAUUACCAGAAGCCUUAGUUAUUUAGAUGUUACUAUUCUCGUAUGUGGUGUCCCUGUAUUACGACAUCACUCGUAAAUUUAACUGUACAUCAUGAUAGUGCUGUUUAACAAACUUUCAUGAAAUGAUAGCAAUGUGCUAAUGUCACAUGGCUGAAAAGCAUUUUGGGCUUUCCCGCUACUACAUGAGAUGCAGUCAAAGCUUAUGGUACUAAACAUGUCUAAGAUUUAAACCAGCAGUAUUUUGCAUUGUAAAUACAUGUAGUUUUUCACCGUCGUACUGUCGAUUUUUCUGAUUCAAAGGUACAAAAGCUUAUUUUUAUGCUUCACUUUAGUCAUGUAAAACAUUUGACUGCUUGUAACAUUUCAGUCAACGCGUCUUUAUCUACUGUCCUCCUGUCAUGCAAAUAAAUUGUGAUUUUACGCUG